CCCCGACCUGUAUUUUCAGCCAGAGAAUUGACAGGUCUAUAAAGAAGCCAGGACACUCAUGAGAGAGCCAGCUGCUGCCCGGGAACAACUUCACCAACGAGUGCAACAUUCCAGGCAAUUUUAUGUGCAGCAACGGGCGCUGCAUCCCGGGCUCCUGGCAGUGUGACGGGCUGCCCGACUGCUUCGACAAGAGCGACGAGAGCGAGUGCCCCAAGGCGAAAUCCAGGUGUGGCCCGACCUUCUUCCCCUGUGCCAGCGGCAUCCACUGCAUCAUCGGCCGCUUCCGGUGCAACGGGUUUGAGGACUGUCCAGACGGCAGCGAUGAGGAGAACUGCACAGCAAACCCCCUGCUUUGCUCCACCGCCCGCUUCCACUGCAAGAACGGCCUGUGCAUCGACAAGAGCUUCAUCUGCGACGGGCAGAACAACUGUCAGGACAACAGCGAUGAGGAGAGCUGCGAGAGUUCUCAAGAGCCCGGCAGCGGGCAGGUGUCUGUGACGUCGGAGAACCAGCUCGUGUACUACCCCAGCAUCACCUACGCCAUCAUCGGCAGCUCCGUCAUCUUUGUGCUGGUGGUGGCCCUGCUGGCGCUGGUCCUGCACCACCAGCGGAAACGGAACAACCUCAUGACGCUGCCCGUCCACCGGCUGCAGCACCCCGUGCUGCUCUCUCGCCUGGUGGUCCUGGACCACCCCCACCGCUGCAACGUCACCUACAACGUCAACAACGGCAUCCAGUACGUGGCCAGCCAGGCCGAGCAGAGCGCGUCAGAAGUGGGCUCCCCGCCCUCCUACUCAGAGGCGCUGCUGGACCAGAGGCCCGCGUGGUAUGACCUUCCUCCUCCGCCCUACUCCUCGGACACAGAGUCUCUGAAUCAGGCGGACCUGCCCCCCUACCGCUCCAGAACCGGAAGUGCCGACAGCACCAGUUCGCAGGCGGCCAGCAGCCUUCUGAGCAUGGAGGACCCGGGCCACAGCCUGGGGCAGCCCAGGCCUCCGGAGGGUGCUGGGGAGCCCAGGGACUCUCCGCCCAGCCCAAGCACCGAAGAAGUAUAAAAUCCAGUUAUUCCAAAGUCCAUGUGGGUGAAUCUGCUCUGACUUGUGACCGUGCUGACCGUGGGUACUCAGGGAGGGGGGCUCUGGGGGGGGGUGACACAAGGACCAGUGUAGGGGUACCAGCUCUCUCCAUCGUCCUCCACCAGAUUCCAGGUAGAUCUGCGAGGUGACCAGGCAUGUUUCAGGCGCCCCCACGCGACGUCUGUGUGGUGCGCCUGCCCCCUGAAGCCAGUCUCUUUUGGGGGGCCCAGCCCGCAUCCUCCAUGCUCCCAUCUUUCUGAGGUUACAAGUCGCAUCCUUCCGAGUCGGCGUCCUACAUUUGCAGACAACCGGAUCCACAGUAUUCACACCUCUGAGAAAGCCGUGCCUCUGUGUUCCAGCCAUCGCAUGUCCACAGGGACAUAGACACUUGGAACCUGGCCUGGAUGACCCGAUGGCUUGGGAUCAUUGGGUAGCCAGCCUAGAGAGUGUCCAGGUGGGCAUGCAAGUGUCCCAGAGCCACCUUGGGUACAUCACACCCUGUCAGUGGGGGGCGGGGGGGAGCCCCAAAGGAGAUGUUUGACAUGGAUGGUGCCCCAAGCUCUCGCCAGCAUCAUUUCCAUGUCGGGAGUGACUGAAAGUCACCUACCUAUUCGGAGUGGACUCUGGGUUUCAGAAUCAGCCUGAGAACCCUGGUUUGGAAAGCUCUCUCCAGCAGACCUAUCUGGGAUCUGUCCUCCCAAAAUAGACAGCCGGGCCCCUUCUGAGUUUAUGCCAGGCCCCAACUCCGACAGUGCAGGCUGCCAGGAUCUUAGCCCUGCCUGGUUCCACAGCCCCCUCCAUGACUCUAGGUUGUCACCCUCAUAAGUGACCAAGGGAGAGGGACGCACCUUGAAGUGGCUGAGAAUCGGAUCUGGUCCCUUUGGUGCCUGGAACCACACCAGAGUUCCCUGCAGAAGGCCCAGAAGUCUGUUCACCUGUGCGGCUGGUCCUGGCACUGUGGUUUCAACACACGUGAGCGCAGUGCUCAAUGCCUCCCAGCUGAGCCCUUGGCUCCUGGUGCUCCUCCCCCUGCCCCUUUUCCCACACCCACUUCUCUUGUGGUUCCCUCCCCGGCCCCUCCAGCAUCCAUAGGCAACGUGGAGUCCAGGUUUUUUCCUUUGGGCAUUUUUGGGUUUUAAUCUCUUAGGAAUGCAUUUGAAAUAGUGUGUUUGUUUGGGUCAUGUUUUGUUUUUUCCCCUUCCCUUCUAGUGAAGGGACUAUUUAUAUGUGUAUAAGAAAGCUGACUGUUUUGUUUCUUUGUUUCCGUGGGGUCCAAAGAAAGCUGCAGAUGGAGAUGCUGCCUUUGCCCCCACCGAGCCCCGUGCUAAAAAGUCACUGUAGACUAAGUAUAACCUGUGUGCCAGGCACCUGUGCAUCGUCGCACUCUUAUCCAGUGGUUGAAGGAUGCAGAAGAGUCCCUGCUUCUCCCUCCAUUCAGAGUCUCCCUGUUUGUGCUCCGUGUGUGUGUUGUGUGUUUUGCUUCUCUCUGUGCCCAGCCAGCCCCCUAGGGCCCACCCCUUACAGGAAUAACCCCGGGUAGAAGCUUGGGUACCAUUUAGCAAGGAACCACCCGGCUGAUGGGCAUCUAAACUGGAACCAGGAGGAGCCACGCUGGGCAGCUCCCGCCCACUCAGGGCUUCCCUCUUUCAGCAGCGGAGGAAAUGCUCAGGCACCUGUUGGACGCUCAUUAAAACAGGGCCUGCAGGCGGGGGGGAUGAGGUGGCAGUCAAUGAUCCUAUUCUGUAGGCUCUGCCUUCUUUGUACCCAAAUCCAAAGCAUUUUCUUAGAAGGCUAGCCUCUUGGUGAUUGGAAGGAGGGUGGGGGGAAAGACAGUAAGAAAGAAAAACCGUAGUUACUUAUUUCUUUCCCUUAUAAAAUAGCACUUGAGCUGUUUUCUGAGUCAUCCAAUAAAGAACAGACUUUCUGGUGGCAGCCACGGAGAGCAAGAAACACCCGCAGAGCCCAUCUGCUGUGAGUCAGGAUGGCUCCGUGCCUCUCUGAAGGGCUCCUGCCUCUCUUGGGUCCUCUAGAAGUUGUCUAAAGGAAAGGAUUCUAAUUUUAAUUAAUUGUGCAGUGAGUUAAUCUCACCCACUUUCCUCUUCCAGGCAUCUUCAGGAAACACAAAUGGUCUUAAUAGAUAAACCAGCUUAUUAAUGAUUUGAAAACAGCAACAAACAGGGACACUUUUAUUAUAGCUCUGGUUUGCUUUGCAUGAAUGUUUUUAAAAAGAUCUCUAACUAGGACACCAAAGUGGCUGUUUGGUUUUGCUUUUGUGUUCUGCUCCAGAUGGCAAAGAAAUGGCCAGCAGUAUUUUUUAACUCAUUCCAACAAGGACAGUCUUUCAUGCGUUGCCUAAAUCUUCGCCAACCAGAGAAUCAUCUCAGAUGUGUUUCUCAAUGAGAUCUGCGCAUCCCGUUGGUCAUAGUGUUAAGCCAGUUCCCGGCGAUCACGAGCCGGACUGGAAGCCCUCUGCCUUGAGAUCGAAGGGAUUGAGGCUUGGGGUUUUGUUUUGCUUUAUUUUUAAUGCAAAUAAAGUGAUUAAUAAAAACCGUGCGCUGAUCAAAGUCCAUGUAAACUGGAAAGGUUGUGCGUGGUUGUUUUUUGUUGGAGAGGGUUUGGUUUUAUAAUUUUUAUACUUUCCAAUAAACUUGCCAUUUCAUUCUUUC